ACGAAACAAAGAUCCUCUCCGUCAGUGGCUCUGCUCUCAGAAGCGCUCUGAAAUUUUCUCGUCCAGCCACGGGAUCCCUGCUCCAACAAUUACACGAACGGCGAUUAUUAUUGCACGCCAAAUACCGCUUUAAUGUACUGUGCGCUUUUGUAUGACAAAAUAGCAUAUUUUUAUGGCGAGGCGCUCCAGCGAGUUAUAUUAAUUAGUAAAAUAAUUUGAAGAAUGCGCUUCAUGCUGCAGCCACUGAAGAAUCACGGCAUGGAAAAGUAAUUACCGUCCCCAUCGGUUCUGAAUCUUACUUCCAGAUAUGGAUCGACAGCUUUCCAAAAAUGAGCGCAAAAAUAUGGAUGCGUGUUUGAGGCGACUGAAACAAGAACUGUUGUCGAUGCGCGAGGCUGGCGAUGGCCUCCAUGCCCAGAUGAACUCCAUGAUGGGGGCGCUUCAGGAGCUCAAACUCCUCCAGGUGCAGACGGCCCUCGAGCGCCUGGAGAUCUCCGUCAGAGCCCCCGCCCCCGUCUCCGCCCCCACCAACGCCAACGCCACCUUCACCAGACCAAACCCUGCUACCACCACCGCCACCGCCACCACCAUCGCCACCACCAGCACAUGUGAACCUGCUCCCCAAACACCCCCAAAGCCACAGCCUUCCAAGCAGGAGCUCCAACAGCACCCCCAGGAGCUCCAACAGCACCCCCAGGAGUUCCAACAACCCCAGGAGUUCCAACACCCCCAGGAGUUCCAGCACCCCCAGGAGUUGAGGCCGCAGCACCGCCCCCCAGCCGCCCGGCGCCCUGCCUCAGUAGCUCUCCGCCCCUGCCCUCAGGAGCGCCCCCGGCAGGCGCGUCACCGCAGCAGCCUGGGGACCUCGCCCUCCUCCUCCAGCCUAGAGAGCGAGGGCCUGGGGCUGGGCUUGGGCCUGGGGCUGGGGCCCCCUCUGAUGAGGGUGUCCGGCUACACCGCCCCCCAGGUGGAGUUCUGCGGGCCGCGGCUCGGGCACCUGCCCUCCGACACCACCCAGCAACAGCAGCAUCAUCAGCAGCAGCACCUUCAGCAUCAGCACCAACUGCAGCCGACGCCCCCACCGCUGGACCUGCCGGGCAUCCUGUACAGCCUGUCGCGUGAGGGCCCGUCGCUGGACAGCGAGAUCACGCAGGACAGCAUGGAGGACGAGGCCAGCGACUGGACGUCGUCGCUCAUGAGCCGCUCGCGCAACCGCCAGCCCCUGGUGCUGGGCGACAACGUCUUCGCCGACCUGGUGGGCAACUGGCUCAACCUGCCCGAGCUGGACGCCACGGCAACGACAUACAGCGGCGGCGGCGUCGAGAUGGAGAUGGACGUCGAGGAGGAGGAGAGGAGGCGGCGAGCUGGACUGGCAUUACUGGGAGGAGGAGGAGGUGGAGGUGGUGGGGGAGGGGACAGGCCAGACUCGCCGGCUCACCCGCCGCUGUCGCGGAGCCGCUCGCAGGAGAUCUGCCGCCGGUUCUCGCUCACCGCCAACAUCUUCAGGAAGUUCCUGCGCGGCGUGCGGCCCGACCGUGACAAGCUGCUCAAGGAGAAGCCCGGCUGGAUGCCCACGUGCGAGGCGCCCGAGGUGGAGCUGCUCAAGCGACCCACCAGGAAGACAACGACGACGACAGGGGCCAAGGGGGUCAAGGGGGCCACCAACAAGGGGGCCAAGUCCAGCUUCUACCUCCCCUUCUGGGCAUCCUCCGCCUCGCUGCAGGGCAAGGGCCGGACGCCCGCCGCACCCACCACCACCACCACCACCAUCACGGAGGAGCACCAUACGGUCAGGGAGCAGCCCCUGUACUCAGGGAUCUUCAUCGACAGGAGACAGCCUGCUGGGGGGGACUGUCUGGAGAGGCCACAGCGCCACCUGGCUGCGGCCCACGGAGACGGAGAUGGAGACGCACUUCCUCUGGAUCACAGGCAGCAGGACGCCAUGGGGGGGAGGCUUCAGCCGCUGUUUGACCACAACACGGCGGUGUGGGUGUGAACUCUGGGACAUCUCUUUGAAUGGACAACUGUGUGUGUGUUGGCGUGUGUGUGUCCAAAAGAAUGGUGGUGAUAUGGAUGUUGUGGACUUCCGAAAUGGAGAAGACAGGAGUGUUUACGUUUUCGCUUGUGGCUGUGUGUGAGUGGAGGAGGUGGGAGUUAAAAACUUCCAAACCUGUUGGACGCAAAAAGAUAAUGAAUGGACCUCACCUGACUCAAAGCUGCUGUAAGCGACAACUUGGAGUACUUAAGCUUAACUGUCUAAAACUCUUCUACGUAGAUGAUAUCUCUACUUAAGCUUACUUAACCGUCUAAAAGUCUUCUAUGUAGAUGAUGUCGCUACUUAAGCUUAACUGUCUAAAACUCUUCUACGUAGAUGAUGUCUCUCAACUGACCAAUUAGAAACCCCCCAAAAACCCAAUAGCCAAGUCAUCCCUGCCGGCUAGUUGUUUUAAGCACCAGCAGCAGACUGGUUGUCAGGGAAACUGUGGCUAAGUCUUCCUAGCGUUAGCCGUGCGAUGCUAACGAUACGUACGCUUACAGCACCUUUAGUUCUUGCGUUGUUGACAAUCUGCCUCCUGUAGGUCUCUUCAUAUACACACAAAUUGCCAGUGGUUGCACUAUACUUCAAUGUACUCAGUGGAUACUCUCCAGGUCUUUUUGUAUUUCAAUGGUGCAGGUAGUAAGUACAAUAACCUUGUCUUCCUCGUUUUAGACAAAAAAAAGAGAAAAAACGGAUGCAGGGUGUGCUUUUGUAUAAUAUAGAAGCACAUUUUUUUGUCUUAAUAAUGUUUUUUUUUCUUUUUCAAGCUGUUCCUUUGUUCAUCUGUUCACCUAAAAGACAGUUAAGUGUAUUAAGAGACAGACAGAGCCAAUGUGUGUGUGUGCUGAUGUGUGUGUGUGU